UUUGAGGGAGAGAGAGAGGCGAGGAGGAGAGAACUCGGCGCGCUGUGUGCUGCUGCUGCUGUCAAUUCGCAUCCAGAAGGUAAUCCCACAAACCUAAUUGAUCAGCAAUGGCUUCCUCUGGAGACAUUCAGGUCAAGGAGCUGGACAAGCGUGCUUCUGGCCAGGCCUUUGAGGUCAUUCUGAGCCCCUCUGCCCCUGACUCUAAGGGCGAGUUCCCCCUCUCCACCCCAAAAAAGAAAGAUUUGUCACUGGAGGAGAUCCAGAGGAAACUGGAUGCUGCAGAAGAGAGACGCAAGAACCAUGAAGCGGACUUGCUGAAGCAGCUGGCAGAGAAGCGGGAACACGAGAAGGAGGUGCUUCAGAAAGCUCAGGAGGAGAACAACAACUUCAGCAAGAUGGCAGAGGAGAAGCUCAAUCAGAAGAUGGAGGCCAACAAGGAGAACCGGGCAGCACGGAUGGCAGAGUUGAAUGAGAAGUUCAAGGAGAAGGACAAGAAGCUAGAGGAGGUCAGGAAGAACAAGGAGACAAAAGAAGGAGAGAAUUAAGUCAUUUCUUUUCUCUGUUUUCUCAAGUUUUUAGGUGGGGAUAUAAUGGGUUUUUGUAUGUAUCCAAAGAUUUAUUUUUUGUUUUCUGUUAAGUUGUAAGCAUUGUUUGUGUGUGGAUAUUUAGUUUAUUUUGUUCCCUGCUUAACCAGGAUAAGGUACCAUUCCCCCUUCACUGCACUCAUAUUUCUACUGAGGUGUUUGUAUUCUGUAUGGCAUUAUCACUUAUUUUUGUGCCCCACUUGUAGAACUGCCCAGUUGCAGGUUUUGAUCUCUAACAAGCGAUGGUCCUAGCUGUUCAAAAAGCAUGCUUCAGCUUGAACAUACUGUUGUCCUUUGCAUUUUGCAGUAUAACCUGUGCUUGCGUAUGUCAAAACUGCGGUUCUUUGAGCUUAAUAAAGUUGCACAGUUCGUUAAUGCUCUUAA